CGUUCUCCAUCGUUCCCACCGUAAAACCAUUCUUCCUCUCCCCUUCCCUCUGACCACGCCGAGUUUGUUCCCCUGUAGAAGCUCGCCAUCUAUCUGCUUAUUUUGCUUUUGCUGCUCCGAAAGCUCGAGCAUUCUGCCGUUUCACUCUUCUUCGUUCGUCUCACUUGCAGAAUGUUUCUCCGGAGAAAGCACUCUCAUGAUCACCACCAGGUGGAUGAUUCUGAGCAACAUGAAACAAAGGUCAGUGAACUUAGGACCAAUUUAGGACCCCUGUCUGGACGCAGUUUAAAGUAUUGUAGUGAUGCAUGCCUGAGGAGAUACUUGGAAGCUAGAAACUGGAAUGUUGAUAAGGCAAAGAAAAUGCUGGAAGAGACACUAAAGUGGCGAUUGACUUAUAAGCCUGAAGAAAUCCGAUGGCAUGAGGUGGCACAUGAAGGUGAGACUGGAAAAGUUUCCAGGGCAAAUUUUCAUGAUCGUGAGGGAAGGACUGUGCUUAUUAUGAGGCCUGGGAAGCAGAAUACAAAAUCAGCGGAAGACAACAUCCGCCAUCUGGUGUAUCUUUUAGAAAAUGCUAUCCUGAACCUUGCUGAAGGUCAGGAACAAACGUCAUGGUUGAUAGACUUCACCGGAUUUUCAUUGAGCACCUCUGUUCCAGUCAAAACAGCCCGUGAUAUCAUUUACAUUCUACAGAACCACUAUCCUGAGAGGUUGGCCAUUGCAUUUUUAUAUAAUCCACCGAGAAUUUUUGAAGCCUUUUGGAAGGCUGUCAGGUACUUUUUGGAUCCAAGAACAGCUCAAAAGGUGAAGUUUGUUUAUCCUAAAAAUAAAGAGAGCGUGGAGCUCAUGGGAUCUUUCUUUGAUGUUGAUAACCUGCCUAGUGAGUUUGGAGGAAAAGCCACCCUAAAGUAUGACCACGAGGAGUUCUCGCGACUGAUGGAACAGGAUGACAUUAAAACCGCCAAGUUCUGGGGAAUUGAUGAGAAGCCCUACCCCAUUGCUAAGGGGAUUUCAGGGGGAGCUGAGGUAGCACCGGAGCCAGCACCCCUCGCAUCUCCAGCAAGCUGAGUACACCUGCCUAUUUGCCAUAAAAGUCUAUCAGAAACUAAGAGACGUAAAAUACAGCGCAGAUCAAAUAAACCGAGAUAGAUAACCGCAACAAUAUCCAGUCCUUGAGCAUACAUUCAUCGCUGCAGCUCACCAGUCACCGCUAACAGUCACUAGUUUUUCAGUAUCCCACCCUUCAGACACAAAAUUCAAUGCUUUUGUAGCACAUACUAUUAUUAUUAUUAUUAUUAUUAUUAUUUCUAUAAAUAUGAUGACUCAUG